GACACACCUCAGAGUGAUUCGGUUCUGCCGUGUUUUUUUUCUUCUUCUUCUUUUUUCUCUUUGUUUUCUUCUUCUUUGCUUACAAACGUAACUGACUUAGAUUGAUGUUCAUAUUUUCGUAAUCUGCGCAGUCCACUUCCACAUUCCAACAAUGAAGUUUUAUGCCAAGUUUUUUUUAUUCUGCAGCAUAAGCGUCGCUUUCGUUUCAUUUCUAUGGAGAGGUCCGUCUUUUAACGAGGAGUCCUUAAAGGGUGCCCGAGUGCUGGUGACUGGUGCUAGUACUGGUAUUGGUGAGCAGUUGUCAUACCACUAUGCCCGUUUAGGAGCCCAACUAGUUAUCACGGCAAGGAGAGCAAAUGUCUUAGAACAGGUUGUGAACAAGUGCCUGGAACUUGGGGCACAAAAAGCCUUGUUCAUCCCAGCAGACAUGUCCAACCCCUCCGAUGCUGAGAUGGUGGUGCAGAAUGCCAUUGAAAAGCUUGGGGGACUGGAUUUCCUGGUCCUGAACCAUAUUGGGCCCAGUCCAUAUAAAAUGUGGGAUGGAGACAUAGAGCAUAUUAGAUGGUUGCUACAGGUGAAUUUUCUCAGUUACGCCCAGAUGGCGAAGAAAGCUUUGCCAACACUUGAAAAGAGUAAAGGAUCCAUAGUCGUAGUUUCUUCCCUGUUAGGAAAAAUGUGCAACCCCUAUGCUGUACCGUAUGCUACAACUAAGUUUGCGCUGAAUGGUUUCUUUGGAACUCUCCAGCAUGAGCUAGCUAUGCAGGGGAGCAAUGUGUCUGUGACCAUAUGUAUACUCGGCCUGAUCGAUACAGAGUCUGCCAUGGAGAAAAUCAAAGGUUAUAUCAAUAUGACCGCCUACCCUGCACACGAUGCCGCCUGGCACAUUAUCGAAGCUGGAGCAUUGCGGCAGUCGGAGUCCUUUUACCCCUUUUACACCUACUACGCCACUCUCUUCAGAGAUUGGUUCCCCUACUACAGGGAUCUGGCAAUUCGAAAUUCCUACACAUAUAAUCCAUAAAUUGUGCAACCAGUUAAGCCUUGUGGGAAUCCUUGUAUGUGCAGCGACAUCAACAUGGAAUAAGCCGCUGGAGCCACGGCCUAGCGGUUAGAAAAUGUGCUCAGACACACUGAGCCAUGGUGCUCAUGCAGGUUUUAUGGGUAGUUUGAGUCUUUUCCCAAUCCCAUCUCUCCCUCUUCUUCUUGUUGUUUCCUGUACUCUCUAUAAUAUUAAAAUGGCAAAAAGGCCAAAAAUAAAACUUGAUAAACAUGGAGUAUGUUGUAAUUUUUUUUACAUAAAAAAUGUAUUCAAGUAAUUUUAUAGUGCAUUAUCAAGAAGGUAUUCCUGCUGUGAAGAUGAAAUGUUUUUAGUUGGGAUGUCUCGAUAUCAAUACUGACAUCAGAAUCGGAUCCGAUACUGUGCUUAUGUACUUCUUCUACUCAUGCUUGCAAAAAUGUAACAAUACCAAAAACCGAUACCAUCCAAGUAGGUAUAGCUGCAGGCCAGAGAUCUCCAAAUGGGAGUGGUAUCUCCAAAAGAGUGCGGAGUUACUCCAGAAGGGGACGGGUUUACUCCAAAAGGGGGUUGUCCGAUCUCCAAAAGGUUGCGUCACUUUCACUCACAGUUAGGGUUAGGGAAAGAGUUAGGUUAGGUUAGGUUAAGGGCUGCAUAUAUCUUUGUUGGUAGUUUGGACCUGCUGAUAUAUAAUUCUCAUACCAUCUAAUGUACGAAUGUCAUUGCGUAAACAUUAAGCGCACAAAUUAAAUUUACGUCCUAGUGUAGUUAUUAAACCGCAAAGACUGUGAUUUAAUGAGAUAAAUAUAUAGUUUGCAUGUGCUGUAUGCUUCAGAGUAAAUAGAUCUUGUUUUAAGAAUGUUUAAAUGUAAAUAUGAAGUCGGCUGCUCAUACCAAGGAGCUCUAAAUCACCAUCAUGAGCAUUAUACGCUCUGUUUGUAGUAGAUGACAGCGAGCAGAGUGCUAAUUCAAUAUGUAGCGUGCAGCACAUAAUUUAACUAAAUAGCAGCCUUUUGCGGUUUAAUAAUCACACUGGGACACGUAGCAAGCUGAUUUUUCGGAGAUGAGAAGCUACUGUCAAAAACACACAGAAGUGGAAAGGACCAAAAUAAAAGCUUCCUCCAAAAUAAAAGUUCCAUUUGAAUGGAAAAAAAUUAUGAUAGAAAUAUAUCACUACUGUAUAGUUAUGUAAUAUUCACUGUAAUAAUAUUACUACAAUAAUAAUAAAUCAAUCACCCUUGUCUUAUAUUUAAGCAAUAUCUCACAUCUGUGAUGCUCUGUUGUGCUGCACUUUAUUUGACAAAAAUAACUUCAGUUAUGUGUUUUGAAUUGUGCUGUGAAGUUACAUAAAAUAUAAAUGUACAAAAUUAAAUGUUCUAUUUUGACUUGGUUAUACUUUAAUUAAAUAAAUGUAUUUAGUUAGACCCCAUUUUGAUGAUUAAAUUGAAAUAAACUGUUGAAUAUGAAAUUCUGAAGAAAAAAAAGUAAAAUAAAUAUAUAUAUAAGCAGGUAUCGGUAUCGGUGAGUGCCGAAAAGCAAGUAUCGGUACUCAUACUCGUUCUCCAAAAAAAAUGGUAUCGGGAUUGUCCUUUCUGCAAGCAUGUAAACAACUACUCAAAAGUAAAUUUAGUUUAUGUUAUUUUAAAAGUUUAAAUGUCAUAGCAUGUUUUAUUGAUAGAUAUUCAGAUAUCUGAUAUGAUAUUACAGUUUUUUGGAAGCAGCUCAGGCUGAAUGUUUGAAAAGUUUGCAAAACUCACUAAAAUUAUUGAAAUUCUUCAGUUAGCCUGAAAAAGCUUUGAACUGAAUUACUUUUCUCCUUCUAGCAGUGUGUACAGGACUCUGAACUUAUAUAUAUUUUUUUCUUAUCAGUGACUUUUGACAUACCAGCCUCAUUCUUCGGACUAUUUCGAAAUAGUGUCGGGUAGAUCAGAUUAAAGGCUUUAAUGUUUAUUUUAAAGGAUUUUUAUUUUUAACCAUCUGUACCAUGCUGUCGAUUGUCACUGACGAUAUUUAGAUGCAUCUUUAUAUGUAAAUCAUGUGUUUGCAAUAAAUAUACACCUGUAAUAGAAUCAGAGAACUGCAAAUAAAUGUUUAAAGUCAACAUAUAAUAAAAUUGACCUAUUAACUUUCUUAAUAUUUACUUAAGUGUCCUUCACACCGAACAUUUUUUACCCUCAGGCCGCAAGGCUACUGUACUGCCUCAGUGAGACUCCCCUUCCUUUUACCUACCUGCAAACCAGUCAAACUGGAUUCCUUGAGAAAGUCUCUUAAACAUGUACUACAUAAACUUAACAACAUUCUCUCAUAUACACAAAACACACGGUUAACACUUAACCCUUAAAAGCAUACUUCGGGUCUUUAGUGAUCCGGGACCUCAUUCCACCCCCUGUACCUCAUCAAUUUUAUGAGAAAUGCUCACACCUCAUUAGUAUUCCUCAACCUUUCUCUUCUGAAUAGUGUAACAAAUCAAAAUGGCAAAAUUGCUACAAUUAUUUUUAAUUACCAAAAGUUUAUAGGCUCAUUAAACGUAUAUAUUUUUGCACUUUGCACCUUGUAUCUACAGUAUUUUCAGUGACAAUGGUGAAUUAUAAAGUUAUCAGUUUGCAUAUGUGUACACAUACAUAUUAUACAUGAUAUUUCUUAUUCAGUGACGAUGAUGUGUCAGUGAUUGACUGGAUUUAUAGUUGACAUUGCGAUUUGACAAAAAGCAAUGUGGAAGUAAACUAU